AUGACAGCGUUGCAGCCGUUUAGCGACGAACAAUUAAAUUUCUUUAAGUUCUCGUCGUUAGUGUUAAAUGAAUUCCCGAAAGCCUUACGGCAGACUUUUAAAACCAUGUGGGACAACACCUAUGGACAUCGCCCUGGUUUCCAGCUCUGGGAUGAUUCCACUGCUGUCAGAAAUAUGUUCCACUCUGAAGAAGCAAAAAGUGGCAAGAAGACUAAAGUUCCUGUUCUUCAGUCCUACAACGAAUGGGAUUGCACUAAUCUGUUCCAGGCUACUAUAUUUGCGCGGUCCUUUGCCCCAUUAGCCAGUACAGGCUCCUUCACCACACUAAGUGAUUUGUACGUGAAGCCCUGUGCAGUACCUUAUGGUAGUUUCCACGCAUGUGUGGUCAGCCCGGGUGGAAACAUGGCGGAGACUUUUGCACUUGCCAUUGAUCAGCUUCGUCUUCUCAGAAAUUCGCUUUGUCACUCCACCAGUAGUGAGAUGGACAAAGCGACGUUUGACCAGCGCGUGAAUUACGCCGGAGACGCGUUUCAAGCCCUUGGUGUCUCGACAGCACCAAUUGACGCACUUGUCAGUUUGGCCGAGUCAGACUUUCCCACAAAUGAAAUUCGAAAAUUGGAAACAAGAAUCCGAGACGAGACUCGGGCGUACAUCAAAUGUCUCGAGGACUUCAGAGAAGGUCUGGAGAGUUUAAAGAAACGAGUCGAAGUGGACAAUGCCAGCAAAGACGACAUUACUAGGCUGGAAAAAAAGAUUGAUGAAUUGAAAGUAGGAAGAGACGAACAAGAUAACCUACCCGAAAAUUCAGGUAAGAUUUUGAGGAAUUGUUCCAGCUGAAGGCUCAGUUUACGGUUUGGACAAAUAGUAAGCAAAUUUCUAUUGCAGGACUGGUUAUUUGAGCCAGUUCCAUGCAUUUACAAAUAAACAAUAUCAAAGCCUACUAAGUUUUCCUUUUUCAUGAGAGCCUUCAGAUUGCAAGGUAAUUAAAAAAAGUAAAAGUCUUAGCAGCGGAGAGUAAACCUUUUUCCAGUUAGGUUUUAUUUGCACCCUCUAGUCUCCUGUAGCUCAGUGGUAGAGCACCUGUUGACUCCUGUUGGGAAGUUCUCAGAUUUCUUCUGUUGAGCCGUCUGCCAGACACUGCCUGAAGAACAUCUUUCUCAAGGUUUUGUUAUGUAUGUAAACUUCCUUUAUAUAAACAGAUGAAGGAAUGGCUUUGGGUGGACGUCAUAACCAAGCUCUUUUCCUAAACUUCACCAGUUUAUAAAUAUAAAAUUUACGGAUUUGAAUUCACUGCCAGACUAUCAUUUGUACAUUGAACGACGGGUCAAAAUUGACUUAUGUAUUUAUUUUUCUUUUACACUUUUGGUCUUUUCUCAUCAUAAAAGGUACGAGACCAUCGCUCUCAGGAGCCUACCUUCCUUCAAUGGUUCCCAAUUUCACUGGGCGACAGAGCGAAGUUGAAGAGAUCAUCGGACAUGUCACUUCCGAAUCCACCCGACUUGUGUCUAUCUGGGGUUCACCUGGAUUCGGAAAAACGUCGGUUGCAAUUGCAGUGGGACACGCUCUUCAGACUCAAGGGCUGCUUGUGUACUGGGUUUCAUUGAGAGGACUUCAGUCAAAGGCGGGUCUGACUUCAAAGAUUCUUAGUCUUCUAACGCAGCCAACCAUUCAAGAUAAAAAACCGUCCGAUCAGCAUCUAUCCCUAGAUGAUGAGAUUUGCCAACUACUCAGUGAAAUAUCAAAACAAUCUGUAUUUAUCCUAGAUAAUGCUGAUGAUUUGUUAGAAAGUGGUCGACCAAAAGUGAAAGAAGAAGUCAUGCAACUUCUUGAAGAAAUUCUGAGGCAAAAUCCAAGGGUGACAUUCAUUGUAACCACAAGAGAGUCCCUUGAGUUUAUGGACGUCCACUUUCAAGGCCAUCGAGGCUUAAGAAUAGGAACAUUGGGUGAAGCCUCUGCUCAAACGCUAAUUCAUGAGUUAUUUCCACAUGCGAACGUUGCAGACUGCAGCAAAAUCGCACAACUCUGCGGACAAGUUCCUUUAGCCAUGAAAUUAAUGUGUUCUUUGAUAUCUGAAGACAGUGCUUCACCGCGCCAUUUUCUGGAUAAUUUCAUGACAUCUUCCUCAGAAAGUAUUGUUAAAAUGUUGGACAAUCAGGAUUAUCCGACCAGUCAUCGAUUAAAAUUCGUCUUUGAUUCCUCAUUCCAGAGACUUCCUGAGCAAGAACAAGAAGCACUAAUUUCUUUAAGCAUUUUCCCCGAAAAUUUCAGUACAGAGGUCGCUGCAGCCGUUUUAGGUACGAAAACCGCGUACGAAGCCAAAAGAAUGUUACAAAGUCUUCGGAGGAAGUCUCUGAUUGAUUCAAGCUCUAAACCCGGGGCUUUCACGAUGCACAAACUCUUGCAGUCAUUUUCAAGAGAGAAAGGACACACUGAUUUGAAAGAGACGAUUCUCAACGCAAAAGUUCGUUUGAAUGCAUUCUAUGUCUCACACUUUCAUAAGCUAAAUGAACAAUUUCUCACUGGGCAUUCCUUGGCUGCAUAUGUUGCAUUCUAUGAGGAUAAAGAGAGCAUUAUUCAAAGCCUAACAGAGGGAUGCUUUGAUUCCAAAACAGCCGACAGCGUCUUUCAAAUUUUGGUCAAAGGGGAGUUGUUUCUUGACUCGCUUUUUUGGAGUGACGCGAAAAUUUUUCUUCACAUGUACGACGAUGCCAUAAACGCAGCCAAUCUGCAUGGGAACGAAAAAUACCACAGGCAGCUACUUUCAUCAAAAGCUUUUUGUGAGGUAACCUGGGGGCCAACUGGACAGACAAAUUAUCUUCUCUCUGAAGUAAAAGAAAAGCAAGCAGCAUCAUCCACUGUCUCUGAUCUAGAAAAAGGCAAAUGCUUGUGCUAUUUAGGAAUUUUUUACCUUACAGCAAAUGAAUCGAAGAGCGGAGUCCAGUGCUUAAAGGAGGCACUUUCAUCACUGGAAAAUUGCAAGGACCCAGAGUCGUUAAUUCUAAAGCUUCUUAUUUCUCAGAUCCUGGCUUGUUAUUAUAAGUCCUUAAAUGACUUCGACAAUGCGAGUCUUUUCUAUUGCAAAUCAGUACAUUUGUGUUCUGCAGUGGGAGAUUGGAAGCUUCUUAUUAUUCCGCCAGCGAAAAGCAAAGCAAGGGACGCCAACAAUGAAAUUCAAGUUGGACAGAAAUCAGAAACCUUGCGCAAUGAACCGCUUGAAUUCCAAUUUGCCUAUCUUUUAAGCAAAGCUACAGAGCUUUUCUCCGACGCUAAAACCAAGCAAUAUACAAGCAACUUGGUUCUUCAAAUGCUAGAGUGUGUUGAAAAAGAAGAUAUAAUUUCACUUGGCUUGCUAAAGUUCCAUAGAGCUGUACUACAACUGUUGUGGAAGCUAAAUAGUGAAGACCCUGUGAAUUCUCUUUGGUCAAGAAUCAAAUAUCUUGAAAAAACACUCGAAGAAUGCCAAGAAAGUCUCCAUGCUAAUGAUGAAUAUGGCGGUAACCGUUACAGUCAAAUACAAAGUGAAACGCUUGUGAAGUGCUACAUAGCCCUGAGCAAAGUUUACCAGGAAAGAAAAAAAUACUCAAAGGCACUACAGUCAAACAGGCGAGCGCUUGACAUAGCAACAGGGUUCUUUGGAGAAGAACACGAAAGCACUGCUGACAGCUACAGGCAACUCGGUAUAAUACAAAACAACAUGCAUGACUACAGCGCAGCUCUACAAUCCAAGCAGCACGCAUUAGCUAUCCACCUUAAACUAUUUGGAGAGGACCAUGAAAGCACUGCUGACAGCUACAGGCAACUUGGUGUAACACAAAACAACAUGCAUGACUACAGCGUAGCUCUAAAAUCCAAGCAGCGUGCUUUAGCUAUUCAUCUUAAACUAUUUGGAGAGGAGCAUGAAAGCAUCGCUGACAGCUACAGGGAAAUCGGUGUGACACAAAACAACAUGCAUGACUACAGCGCAGCUCUACAAUCGAAGCAGCGUGCAUUAGCUAUCCAUCUUAAACUAUUUGGAGAGGACCAUGAAAGCACUGCUGACAGCUACAGGCAACUAGGUGUAACACAAAACAACAUGCAUGACUACAGCGCA